UUCAGUGAGCUGAGUCAAAAGAGCCGGCUCACGAAAAAGAGCCGAAAUGCCCAUCACUAUUUGGCGACACAAUGCUCAACUACGCUGAAUGCCAGCCGCCGUAAAACCAGAAUAUAAUAAGACGACACUAUGGCUUCGGGUUUUAAUGAAGAGGAACAACAUUGCACUAUUAUGUAUCAUGUUUUAUUUUUAGAAAACCUGGUGAAAAUGAAGCUUCUCUUUGUGUUUCGGCCUUAUUAUUCUGGUGUAUCCUCGACCAUGGUGCAUCUGGUGUUGAUAUUGAUGGAGUGUCAGUGAAGGAGGGAGAUUCAGUCACUCUACACACUGAUGUUAAGACAAAGCAACAAGAGAAAAUCAGAUGGUAUUUUAAUGACACUCGCAUCGCUCAAAUCAAUGGAGAUCACCAUAAGAUCUGUACAGAUGUUCAGUGUAAUGAAGGUACUGAGAGAUUCAGAGACAGACUGAAGCUGGAUCAUCAGACUGGAUCUCUGACCAUCAUGAACAUCAACACCACAGAUGCUGGAGUUUAUAAACUACUGAUAAGCACCAGCAGCAUGGACAGUGAAAAGAGCUUCAGUGUUACUGUUCAUGAAGUUCCUGAUGUUGAACGAGAUAAAAUGAAGAGAAAGUCAGCGAAGGAGGGAGAAUCUGUCACUUUAGAUUCUGAUGUAGUAAAAAACCCAAAUGAUUUAAAGGUGUGGUAUUUUAAUGAGACCCGCAUCGCUCAAAUCAGUGGAGAUCUCAUUGAUAUCUGUACAGAUGUUCAGUGUGAUAAAGGUACUGAGAGAUUCAGAGACAGACUGAAGCUGGAUCAUCAGACUGGAUCUCUGACCAUCACAAACAUCAACACCACAGACUCUGGACUUUAUGAACUACAGAUCAACAGCAGCAGAUUCAGCAUCAUAAAGACAUACAGUGUGAGUGUCACUGCUGUUCCAGAUUCAGCUGCUGCUGCUGCUGUUGCUGUUUCUGCUGUUGUUGUUGUUCUGCUGGUUGCAGCUGCUGGUGUCAUUUACUAUCAUCACAGGAGAUCUAUACAAGCAAGAAAAAAUGGCAAGUAUUGCACACAGUUUAAUCGACAAGGAAAAAAGACACUGCAAGAUCAAGAUCAGGUGAGAUACUAUGCGCACAAAAUCUGUCUGUAA